CACUCCACCUAUUUGUUUUGUUAGUAUGGCGGCCGCCAGCCUGCUCUGUAAGCAUAAUGCCGCAGAGCUGGUGGGGGCCACGUAUGAUUCUGUAGGGCGCUCGGCCUUGGUUACCAUUCAAGGAGAUGGAGUCACAACCUACGACCUGGAGCAGGGCAAACUUGGAAGCGUUCCGCUUGGAAGCCGCGCGAACUUAGAGUUCCAGGCGGCCAGCGUGCAACACACCGUGGAUGGCGAUGACCUGCCGCGAUAUAGCGUUGUUGCGAGCGUCUUGCGCGAUCGGACAUCCAACAACCACACGCUCUGCUAUCAGAACUCUAGCAGUCAGCCGCGUGCAAUAUCCGAUGCUCAAGUGCGCAUCGUCUUGCCUGGGCCGGCCCACAGCUGCCAUAUCCUUCACCGACAACAGCAAGCAGCAGCAGGGCAGACCCUGCGCUUGGCCGUGGUGCUCUCAGAUGGCAGGGUAGGCGUGACCGAGCCCUCUCCUGAAGCCGCGGGGCCGCUCACAGUGCUGGUCGCCAACCAACAGUCCUCGCCGCGACACGUUCUGGCAGCAAGCUCGCAGGACACCUUGGUAGUUGCCUCCCAGCCAGCUGCUGGCAACUCCGUCACCUUGCGGGUGCUGCGGCUCUCAGCUGCAGAUGCCAGCGGUGUUGCCGUCGUUAAGACCGUGACGCUAACGUGCCCUGGAGCGGGUGCCCACGCCGUCCCCACCGGCCUCACCCUCAGCCCCGCCUUUGCGCUGCUCCAAUGGUCCAACGGUCACGCAACCGCCGUACACGGCCUGCAAGGAGGCGCCGCCACGCCGCUGCGUCCCAGCGUCUUUCCCCUCUCGGACGCGGUAACCGCCAACGGUGCAUCCUCCUCAUCCGCCGCACCUCCUCCUGCCUCUGCAAGCGCUUCCAGCCGCAAGCGUAAGAACGCUGCAGCAGCGGACGGAGGCAACAGCCCUGCCAGUCGGCCCCGCGUGCUGUGUGCCGCAGUGGACGACCGGCAGUUUGUCGUACUGGAUCUGGAGUCCUCGGCUGCGCAGUCGCAGGUAUGCUACAGCCUCCACGACGCGCAGUUUGGUUGCCCGCUGUCCUCGGGCACUGUGGAGGUUGACGCGCCUCUCCUCAGCCUGGACGCCACGCAGUGUGCGGUCGUGGCGGCAGGGCCAGAGGCCAUUAUUGUACGACUAGGAGGCGCCGUACACGUCUUGCAUGUGCAGUCGCAGCCCGUGAGCCUCCUGUCGUUAGUAGCUCGGCUGUCCAUUUCCGCUGCGGCCGCUGCCGCCGCUGCGUCAGGGCAGUCUAAAGCACCCAAGGCGGGCGGUCGUGGCGUGGCGGCGGCGUUGGUGGCCCUGCCGGCCCCAGUGAACCUAGACCCGGGGCUGCUGUCGGGGGCAACCCCUACCGCAGCAGCUAACGCUACUGCCGCCGGCGGCGAGGACGAGCCCGCGGACUUGGUACUUCACCCCGUUCCCGCCGCCUCCGUCAGCCGUCAGGAGGACAUUUGCAGCUCCCUGGUAGACCAGCUCUCCGCAGUGGCGCCGCCGGCGGCUCCGUCCCAGGCGCUGCUAGACUCGGCCGUGUCGUACAUCUCUGGCCGCCGUCAGCACGGCAUGGCGGUGCCGCCACAGCUGCUCAGCCUCACCGCACGCGGCCUGGCUGCGGCCAAGCAAUGGUCCCAGCUCUCCGCGCUCCUCUCCAUGGUGCCCCCCGGCGGCCUCUGCGGCUGCAGUGAUGUGCUGCUGGCAGUGGUUUCGGAACACGAGUACUCGCUGCUGUCGCGGCUGGCUACCUGCCUGGACGAGGUGGAUCCCGAAGCGCUGGUUUCGGCGCUGCAGCAGCUUCUGGCGCCCACCACCCGCGCCAACCUGACGGCCCGGCAGCGACACUACCAGUCGCUGCGAGCCGCCGCGGAAGCACGCGUGGCGGAAGCAGAGCAGGCUGCGGCAGCACAGCAAGCAGCCGUGCAUCAGCAGCACCCAUCGCGGACGCCACGGGCAUCACGAGGAGGCGGUGGUGGCCACGGCAGCGGCAGCCCCAGCCUUGCGGAGGGGAGUCAUGCGCUGGCGGUGGCUCAGUGCGCAGCUGCUGCGGUGGACGGGUUCAGCUACCGUGAGGUGCUGCUGCACCCGCUGCUGGCGGUGCCGGUGGACGCGCCGGCGGUGCAGGUGGCGCUGCGGCGGCUGGGAGCGGGUGCGGUGGAGGCGCUGCUGGGCUACCUGGCCAAGUGGGUGCGCAAGUACGCGGGAGGUGCGAUUAGUGAGACGGCGGCGUCGGUGGCGCUGCCGCAGGAGCUGCUGUUUCCCUACUAUUACCAGAUCCUGGAGUGGACCCGCAUGACCAUCGACGCCCACCUCACGCGGUUGCUCAUGACGCGGACACCCCUGCCUGCGCUGGAGUCUCUGGAGCGGUCGCUGAGGGGCGCGGUGGCGGGCUCCCGGCGGCUGCUGGAGCUGCGGGGGGCGCUCGAACACAUGCAGGCGGCGGCGCCGCUGCCCGGUGCCCACAUGGCGGUGGCUACCCAGUACACGGCCGAGGUGCUGGACCUGAGAGUGCGGUGAUUUGGAAUGGAGGGAUGAUGGAAAGGCGCGCGGGGAGGUGUUUGUUCCGGGCGGCUGUUGUACGACGCGGGCGGGCGGCUUAUGGGUGACGGAUUACAGGAGUUGGGGUUGCUAUCGCGGUCGUGCUUUCUAUGAUUUUGGUCGCGUAGAGUGGCGUAGGUCAAGGACACGAGGCUUGUAGAGAGAUCAGGGCGCUUUUAGCGCUUGUAGGGUAGGUUAGCAGGAUGAGUUGUUGAAGUGGAGUUCCUACA